CGUCAGUGUGUGAACGUCACGGCUAAACCAAUCAAAUUGCCUGAAUUAACAAAUAAUGGAAUUAUUUGUAUAUAGUCGGACUUUAUCAUAUGUCUCCAAAGUUAACGUCAUGACGUCAUGAAAACAAUGACGCCGUUCAUUAGCAACGAGAAAUCAUUUAGGUGAAGCUGACAACGCUGAAUUACUCAAAAGUUUUCAUGAUGAAAUAAAAAUGGAUAAAGAAAGUACUGGAUGUUUUGCGUGGAUUGUAAACUUUAAGCAAUCCUGCAAUGAACGGUGGGCCAGAUUCAGAAAUCGUCUCCGCCGACGAUUUUAUGCUCGUAGAGGCCAGACGAUAGACCCAUCAACAAUUGUAAACGAGACUGGUACCAGGGACAUGGUUAUUACCAAAACGUACAAGACCAACAAAAUACUACCAGAAAGCUUAGCUGCACCAGGGACACUUGUAAAAGAAUGCCCAGGAAAUGUCGGACGUGUACCUGCUACAGAAAGUAAUGACGACUUUGAAAAGCAAGUCGGAGACUACGUGGCCGGUAUCAUAUCCAAUGCUGCACACACUAUGUGCAUGGAGAGACAGGCGUUGCUAGGCAACACAAAUAUCAUCAUGGACAAUUCUGCAGACAAUGUUUCUCUGUCACCAAGUAUCAUCAGCCAAAUCGCCAACAUAGCAGUGGCAGAAAGCCUGUCUAAUAUUGUGUUACAAUCAAACAUAAACCAGUCCGCCAUUCACAGAGAUAUAAAAGAAUUUAUGGUGCAAAUGUCCUUGGAACUGUUAGAGAGGAACUUGAUUGAUGCCCAACCUACAACCAGAUUAUAAUUGCAGAGGAGACUACAAGACAAAUGUACUUAGACGAAGUUGAUUUUUGUUAUUAAUUAGAUGAAGUUAGUUUGUUGUUUCACAUACGUUCU